UAAGAUGGUUCAGAGCUCCUUCGACGCUAAAUACAUGGUUUUGCUGGGCUGUGUGCUGGUGAGCCUUGCAUCUGCCAAACAAGGACAGAAACGAAUAUGUGACACCGCUUUCACAAUUUCCAGCGACUCUGUUAUGCCUCAGGCAGAAAACGCGGAUGGGAAUGGCAACAUACACGAUCGAUCACUAUCACCGUGGACCUGGAUACCGAAGAUUUCUUCACACAGGAUACCACAUGUCAUCUUUGAAGCCCAGUGCAAUACAGAGUACUGCAGCUAUCCUGACAGUGAAGUGGAUGAGAGACUUAACUCAAUGCCCAUAUAUCAAGACAUGCUUGUGUUGAAACAGGAUACGCAAGACAGGAAGUGUUUCAGAGCCACUUUUGAGAGCGUUGUAGUGGGCUGCACAUGCGUUCAGGCUAAAACAUCCUAA